CUCCUCCCCCAUCACCCAAACCUCGAACACAGCACCCACCCUUUACAUAUCAGUCCCUCUCACACACACUACUAUAUCUUACUCAAUUAUUAUAAUAAAAUGCACGAACACACACACACUUUAAUCAGGUUUUGACUUUAAAUUGUCAAGUUCCAAACCAAUUCACAAUCACAGGUUGAUCUUGAAAACAAAAAGUGAUUAUCUUAUCACUAUCGAAGCAAGAGUCAAGAGAGAAAGAAAAGUGAAUUAAAAAUGGAUCACAGCGUAGAUGCACAUCGCACGGAUUUGAUGACCAUAACCCGAUUCGUGCUGAACGAGCAAUCCAAACACCCUGAAUCACGCGGUGACUUCACCAUCUUGCUCAGUCACAUUGUUCUCGGUUGCAAGUUUGUUUGCUCCGCUGUCAACAAGGCUGGUCUUGCUAAGCUCAUUGGACUUGCUGGAGAGACCAAUGUUCAGGGGGAAGAGCAGAAGAAGCUGGAUGUUCUUUCCAAUGAGGUCUUCAUCAAGGCUUUGAUAAGCAGUGGCAGAACACGCAUCUUGGUUUCGGAAGAAGAUGAGGAAGCAAUAUUUGUGGAACCUUCUAAGCGUGGAAAGUACUGUGUUGUUUUUGACCCGUUGGAUGGCUCAUCUAACAUUGAUUGUGGUGUUUCUAUAGGCACUAUUUUUGGGAUUUAUAUGGUGAAAGAUGGCCAUGAACCAACCAUAGAAGAUGUCCUGCAACCUGGAAAGAACAUGGUGGCAGCUGGUUAUUGUAUGUAUGGAAGCUCUUGCACGCUUGUGUUAAGCACUGGAACCGGUGUCAAUGGUUUCACUCUUGACCCCUCUCUUGGUGAGUUUAUCCUGACUCACCCUGACAUUAAGAUCCCAAAGAAAGGCAAGAUUUAUUCUGUGAAUGAAGGAAAUGCUAAAAAUUGGGAUGCUCCUACUGCUUCUUAUGUGGAGCAAUGCAAGUUUCCAAAAGAUAGUUCACCACCAAAGUCUCUAAGAUAUAUUGGAAGCAUGGUAGCUGAUGUUCAUCGCACAUUGCUUUACGGGGGUUCCUUUUUGUACCCUGCUGAUAAAAAGAGUCCCAAUGGAAAACUUCGUGUUCUGUAUGAAGUCUUCCCAAUGUCAUUCUUGAUGGAACAAGCAGGAGGUCAGGCUUUCACCGGCAAGCAGCGGGCACUUGAUUUAGUUCCAACGAAGUUGCAUGAGAGAUCUCCCAUAUUCCUUGGCAGCUAUGACGAUAUUGAGGAAAUCAAAGCUCUUUAUGCUGCUGAGAGUAAAUGAGAAUGUUACUUGUGCUAAGCAUCCUUGUCUCAUUGGCUAUUUACAAGCACUUGUUAUCCAAUUGAUAGGCUAACAAUCGCUUAUCAGAAAACUUGUUACCUGGUCAUGUAUAUAUUAAUAAAAGAGUAAAAUACACUCACCCCACUCAAGAUUUGUGAGAAUAACACUUAGCUCCAUUCUUAUCCAAAA